AUGAUCAUGAACGUAAAGAUCAGCGAGGAGGCUUCACUGCGGCCCACCGCCAUCCCCGUCAGCCCCAGACACAGCAAGAACAUCCGCCCCGGGGAGUACAAGCCUGACGCGCAGCUAGAGCGACUCAUCAGCGUCAGGUUUUAUAACCCCUUUGACGUCCUGCUGCUCGAGUCCGAGGCCACCGAGGCAGAGAUAGACCAGCAGUAUCGCAGGCUGGCGAGGCUGGUGCACCCUGACCGCAACAAGGACCCGCGGGCGAAAGAAGCCUUUCAGAUGUGCGAGCGGGCAGUCAAGGCCUUAAGGGAUCCUGACAAGAGGAUGGUUUACGUCAGAGUCAUGAAGGAGGGCUUAGAAAGGGCCCGCUACUAACGAGACCGGGCCAAUCGAAAGCGGAGCAAGGCAGGAUUACCGCCUCUUCCGGAAGACAGCUUUGACGCGGAGUAUCGGAACACCUACAACCAGAUCUUCCAGGAGAUGGAUGAGCGAAAAAGACACUUGGAAAAAUCAAAGGAGAGCAGCUUCAAAGCAAAGGCAGAGGAAUAAGAAAGGCUCCGGACCAUGGAGCAGUACCGCAUCCUGACCGAGGAGGAGUGGGAAAAGACCCGAGAGGACAGGGUGUCAAACUGGCGGGCCUUCCAGAAAAAUAAGGGCAUGGUGGGCAGCAAGAAGAGCAACUACGGCAUCAGGACGCUGGUCCACAAGCCCGAGGCCAGACGGGACAACUCUCCAGGCCAGGAGUGA